AUGAGCUCCUUCACCAUGAACACGUUGACGAAGGCAUUGCCCUCAGUGUGCCGUCAGACCCCAUCUAGGGUCUAUAGCUUGAGCAUCACACGUCCUUUUUCCUCCGCAAGCGCCCAGCGCAGUAUCCGGUCUGCGCACAACGAUGGCGGCGACAUUGAGAGGCAGAUGCUGAAUCGAGAUGCGGAGACACCUUCUGAUUCCUCCUCGCCGCUGUCUGCAAUCACACGCAUGAUGCAGGGCGAGAGAUCAGGCACAUCCUCCUCUCGCGGCCCCUCUGGCUACUCCCGAAUGGCAGAGAGCCUCGAGGCCGACAUGAUCAAAAACCCCUACGCCGACCGAGCUCCCCCCCCACCACCUGCACGUCUACUGCCACAAGCACAACACAAUCCUCACCUUGACCCGACCAAAUGGCAACCCCCUUCUCUCUCCGCUCACUUCAUGAGUCAGAUCCAGGAAAAGGGCUUCCUGUUGGAGAUCGAGCGCCUGGAGGUGGUAUACCGUGGGUUUGGAAAGGGUCGCGAAGCAUUCACAAAGGUGCUUUUGGGCAAUGAGGGACGACACAUUCGAGGACUUGUUGCGCGAGUGAAGCCUGUGAAUGUGUUGACGGAUCCGUCGGAGUGGCUAAUUGGUGUCGCGUGUGCCCUUCAGGUCUUGCUCGUCCCCACCACAGACUCUCUCAUCGGUUCGCGCGACCGGGAGUCCAAUCUGCUGUACUCCGAUCUUGUCGCGUCGGAGGAGUUUCUAGGAAGCCACGUACUCCGCAUCCCUAUCCAUCCUGGCUCGGCGAAUUCGAAAGAGGACAACAAUGUGCGAGACAAUCGAGGGAAGGCCAAGCAGGUGACAACAUUCAACGGAAGAACGGUGAUAAUUAAAGACAACUCAAUAUACAGCAACAAAGGUUUCAAAUCCCUGACGCAAGCCCAACUUCUUUCCGACGCGCUCUAUACUACUCCAUCCAAUGAAUUGCGCCCAUGGCUGAUCUACUACAUCUCCCGGCCGUUGAUCGGAACAUACGAUCCCGCCAGAGUCAUACCAGCAGUCGUCCCUGGGACUGACUCGGAAACUGUACCAAGUGCUGCGGACACAAAAUAUGGGAAUGGAAGUUCAGUUGGGACCCCGCCAAAGCAAGAGAUCAGAUCCUUUGGCGAACUGCUGGCCAAUUUCCCGAUGAUUGCCAGGCAGAUGCACCCGGGCUUGGAGAGAUUAUUUCAAGAGUUUGGGAAGGAACUGGGAAAACCAUUGCCGCCACCUCCUUCGCGAUCCCCAUCUGCAUCCGGCACUGAACGCGCCCACAAGCCCUCCCGCGCCGAGUCUUGGACGGACGAGAGUUCUUCCAUCCGUAGCUGGUCGUCACGCAGCAGAGGGCGAUUGCCCUUCAACUCCGAAGAAUAUUUCGAGGAUGAUGAAGAUCUCAUGCGUCGCAGCUUGGAAACAGCCGUGACUGCAGCCAUUGAUCUUUUUCGCCUGGUCGACAAACAGCAAUUAUCCCUACUUGGUGCGACCACUGACCUCACCGGGCCACUUGUUGAGCGAAUGAUAGAACGUUAUGUCGCGGAACAAGUUCAUGAACCGCUUCUUUUCCCUCGUCUUUGUUCGUUCCGCCAACCAGAGGACAUGGAGUUGGAUUCCCGCAUUCGCCAGAUGGAGAGCAUCGAUGUGUCGCAAGUCGGGAUAUCCGUUGAAGGUGGACGGGAAGGAAAGCGAGAACUGACUCGCCGACUUGGGCGUGGCGUGGAAGAGUUUCGGAAGAUCAAUGAUGCUAGAUGUCCUCAUGAUAUGCUGAGUACUCUUCUCGGCACAGUCAAGGUUAUAUCCUUCCCCGGAAGCUAUGAUCAGCUGGGUGGCCCGGCAUCUGAGAAAGGAACCUCGUCGGUGACCAUCAACGCCGACGUUCUGGUUUCAUUGCUACUCGUUAUUGUCAUUCGAUCCCAAGUUCGACAUCUUCAAGCUCGAUUAUUGUACAUGCAGCACUUUAUCUACAUCGAUGAUGUCGAUAGCGGCGAAAUGGGAUAUGCUUUGAGCACAUUGGAAGCUGUCUUGAUGUAUCUCGUCACCGAUUCCGCGGGACUACGACGUGCCAGCGCUAGGAAUAGACGGCUGUGGCAAGCAACAAAAGCGGGCAGAGUGACGGAUAUGAAAUCAAUACUGGAACCGAACGAGGAUCACGAGUCGAUGGACGAGGCGACUCCGCCAGGGCCAGGGCGCAAGUCCGUGUUUUUCCAGACCGACGAAGUCGACGAGCUCGACGAUCUUUCUCUUGAGAGCUCUUACGCGGGUCGAACGAAUGGCGAGACGUAUCAGAAUGAAGCUGGGAUCGUUGCACCGCCACUGUCUCAUGUGUUCCCAUUCCAAACCUGGAAUGAUCACCCACACAUCCAAGAUUCCAACUCUCAUCGUCCGGUGAAGCGGGUCUCGAUGGACGUCCGUAGUUUAUCGGAAUCGUCCGCCACCUCAUUUAUUUCCAAAACAACACUCGGAUCCAUAGCCAGCGGCAUUGAGGGUGAUAGCUCGAUUGAGACCUUGACGAAAACCCAGGACCCCGCCGGUCACUCCAUACCGAUGAUGGCAGUGGAGAGAGGUCAAUCCGAGGCUUUGAAAUACCUGUUGACCCUGGAAGAAUACUACCCCCUAGAGGAAAUCCUCGAAGACACCAACGCCGACGGGACAACGCUUCUCAAUGCCGCGGUGCAACUUGCGCACAAGGAGAUAGUCACCAUUCUUUUGGACUUCUUGUUCGCAAAAGCAGAUACAAGCGUUGUUGCGUCAUAUUUGACCAAAUCAGAUGUCCACGGCCGUACCGUUGGCCAUUAUCUGUUUAGCACUCCCUCCUUGCUAGCGAGACUUGGUCGCAUCAUCCCAUGGCUACAGCGGGAUAAGCAUGGACAGACACCACUCUUUGCACUAUGUCGCUCUUAUGAUCAUCCGGAAUACAAAAUGAUGGUUCAGGCAGCACUGACUGCAGCGCAAUUGGCACAAGGCAACAACAAACCACUUCAGCUUGAUGAUCAUAUCGAUGCGAAGGGGAACACGUUACUGCACAUUGUGGGUGACCCUGAGAUUACCAGGCGCAUAUUGCAAGAGAGCGAUUGUGAUCCAAAUGCAACCAAUGAUAAACGAUUCACGCCAUUGAUGAUGGCCAGUAAAUAUGGACGAGUCGAUCAAGUUCGCAUUCUAUUUUUGGAUCCUAGAGUGGACGUUCAUAUCAAAGAGGCCCGUGGUUUGACGGCCGUGGAACUCGCCAAGGAUGAUGAGGUGCGAAAUCGCAUCGACGAUCUGAUCUUAUUGUCCCAUCCUCCAUCCGCUUGCGGAGAUCCUUCAGGUCGGGUCACAACCGUCGUGCGAUCGUUCUUUGUCGAGGAUGCAACAGUGCGCUUCAUUCUCAAAUCUGGCGCCCCAUUUCCUCCCUCUCAAAAUGUAGUGUCAUCACGGCCUGGAUCAACCACGUACACUGUCACCACCUGUCGCCGCACCUACUCCGACUUCGAGAACCUCGCGAAGUGGCUUGCAGUGGAACAUCCAGCAUCCUACAUGCCAUCUCUUUCCGAUUUUCGGAAUCCUUUCCAAAUCCACUCGAAGCCAUCACGAUCUGUGCUCCAUGAUCUCCAGGAGAGACUCGAUCGGUUCCUUAAGACCCUUCUCACCCACCCAACCUUUUCAACCCACGAAAUGCUGUGGGAGUUUUUCCUCGUCCCAGAGCUACAACCAGAGAUGGUGGCCGACCGAUCACACCGCAAGGCCGCUGUGCUCACCGAGACAAUCGCGGACGAGUAUGCACCAGUUUCUCUGGAGGGUAUGCGCGACACUGAACAGUUUGUCACUCACGCUCAGGACAUGGUGCGGGGUGUACACGCUAACACUCGGUCCCUGAUUCGCCGGGGCUACGCACUGCAAAACGGAGCAUCUGAUCUCGCCGAUGCAGUGAUGAUCUGCUCAUCUGUUCUUUCCACCCUUCGAGUGCCCACCAACGCACUUCCCAUCUCACACGUCGAGGCGUUUGCUCGCUACGCCGCCUACCUCUCCACCUCCCGAUCCGAUUCUUCCCCCCUCCUCCAGUAUUUAGCUGCUCUUUCGUCCAUCGACAACACCACCUCGGCAAUUCUCACCUCUUUAUCCCGGCCACUAUCACUCAUGUCCUCUCUCUCCUCCACCAAUCGUCACAUCGCACGCUCUCGCUCCUCUCUUCUGUCGUCUUCCCUCCCCCGCAAAUUCAACCUCAACCUGCCCGGCUUCGAGGAGUCUCGCCAGAAGUCCGUCCGCGACCUCGAACAGAAGAUUCGAGAUGGUGAAUCUGAGUCCGCUCGGCUUGCGAAAGAAAUUUCCUGGAACAAGGAUGUCGUGGUUGGCGAACUCGCUGGCUGGACCUCGUGGCGGGAAAAAGUCGGCCGUGACGCCAUUCGCGCCUUUGUUAAGGACACCCUCGUGCGUGAGAAAGAGCGUGGCAAGCGCCUCGAACGGUGUCUGCGUAGUGUGCGCGAUAUGAAAGGGUGA